CUCGCCGCAGUGGGAGGUGCCGCGCAUCCCGGAAGAGGUGAUCAGCCACUUCCGCCUGCCAGGACCGGAGCGCCGCUGCCACCAUGACUGCCACGCUGCGCCCGUACCUGAAUGCGGUGCGCGCCACGCUGCAGGCCGCGCUGUGCCUGGAGAACUUCUCCUCGCAGGUGGUGGAGCGGCACAACAAGCCCGAGGUGGAAGUCAGGAGCAGCAAAGAGCUGCUGUUGCAGCCAGUGAUCAUCAGCAGGAACGAGAAGGAGAAGGUUCUCAUCGAGGGCUCCAUUAACUCCGUGCGCGUCAGCAUCGCGGUGAAGCAGGCUGAUGAGAUCGAGAAGAUCUUGUGCCACAAAUUCAUGCGCUUUAUGAUGAUGAGGGCUGAGAACUUCUUUAUCCUGCGCAGGAAGCCUGUGGAGGGUUAUGACAUCAGCUUCUUGAUCACGAACUUCCACACGGAGCAGAUGUAUAAGCACAAGCUGGUGGACUUUGUCAUCCACUUCAUGGAGGAGAUCGAUAAGGAAAUCAGCGAGAUGAAACUCUCUGUCAAUGCAAGGGCCCGCAUCGUGGCAGAGGAGUUCCUUAAGAACGGUUUAGAGGCCAUGUCCUGCGCUCAACUCAACUUCAGUCCCCAGCAGGACAGGGGAAUAAGACAACCCACGUGGCACAGAGGAGGAAGAGCCACCCAGAGCUCCUUCCAUCCUCAGGCAACCAUGGGACAAUAUGACAUAGAGAGCAGCACUGCAGGAACACAGCUGCCUGGGCAGGGACACUUGAGCAGGGUACACUCCAGCUACCCCAUGGCCCAGCUGGCUUGGGACAAGGGCAUGGUGGGGCGUCCUGGGACUGUGCGGUGCAGCUGGGACACUGGCAUGAGGCUCAGCAGGCCAGAAACUGCCCUUCCAGGGGCUCGAAGCUUAGUUAGGCUGAGGCAGGCAGGGCGCUCGGCAGCCAUCACCGCCAGCCACCAGGUUGGCUUCCAGCGCUCGCUUAAGCUUGAGCAGCUCAGGAAGGCCAAGCUGCAUGUGGAGAGGGCCAUUAAGGAGAAGAAGAUCUUCACGGUACAGGGCCCCUACCCCAUCAUCCGCCGCCUGCUGCGAGCCCGGGGCUGGGUGGAGAGGAAGCUCCCUAGCACGGGCAGACAGCUGGAGCAGCAGCACGGUGACCAAAACAAGCAGCAGCUGGAGACAGGGCCAAGUAAUGGUGGUGGUGGGCAGGGGGAGGCAAUAUUGAACCCACGUGGUGGGGCACAGCCUUUUCUGGGGACCACAGACCCCCAGCACUACCCAUGGCAACCUGAUGAGGAGGAGGAGGAAGAGGAGGAAGAGCAGCAUGAUGAUGACCCCAAUGGCAUCCAUGACCUCAUGUCCUACCUGGUGCGGGAUCGGUUGCCAAACUUCAUCUGGACCAACUUCCUUGAAGCCACUGACCGCCAGCUGCUGCAGCAGGACAACGUGGUGAACCACUACUCCCGGGUGGAUGCGUUCACCACCAAGGAGGGGCUGUGCCUCAGCCUACAAAACCUGCCGUGGAUUGAGCAAGCUGACCCCAACACCUUCUUCCCCCGGUGCUACCGGCUGGGGAACAUGGAUGAGCGAGAAGCUUUCAUUGAUGAUUUCCGCCUGACAGCAGCACGCAGCCUGCUCAAACUGGCCCUGGAGGAGGCUGGGGACAUGCCAGUGAGGAUUGAGCAGGUCCCAAACUCUGCCAAGGGGGCAGCAUGGCAAGGCUGCCCCCUGUACCCUGAGCUGGUGGAGGAAGCCCUGGAGGUCUGUAAGCAGCACCUGAGUGUUCUGCAGCACCAGGACAUUGACAGGAACACCCCGUCCCCCUGCAGGACGUGCAUUGACUGGGACCACUUCCUGCAGGAAUACUACCGUGUGGCACAUGAGGGGGCAGAGCUGGUGCUGACCAGGCAGCAGCGGAAGCAGUGCCAGAACCUGCUGCAGCGCCUGGCAGAGCAGCUGCCCCAGCUUGACAUGGAGGGCAAGCUCAAUGUCUGGAUCCUCAAGCCUGGUUCUGAAUCCCAAGGCAGGGGCAUCGUAUGCACAACGCGGCUGGAGGAGGUGCUGCAGCUGGCAUGGACCUGCACAGCACCCUCGGUGCAGAUGGGCAGGUGGGUGGUGCAGAAAUACGUGGAGCGGCUGCUAACUAUUUUUGGCACCAAAUUCGACAUCCGGCAAUGGUUUGUUGUGACUGACUGGAAGCCACUGACUGUCUGGUUCUACCAAGACUGCUACCUGCGCUUCUGCUCCCGGCCCUUCUCCCUGUGUCACCUGGAGCGUGCCAGGCACCUCUGCAACGUCUCCGUCCAGAAGUGGUACCAGACGUCACCAGACCAGGACCCCCGUGUGCCCCCUGACAAGAUCUGGUCCAACAAGCAGUUCCAGGAAUACCUGGCACAGAUGGGGCAGGCGGAUGCUUGGCACCAGGUGCUGGUGCCUGGCAUGAAGGCAGCGGUCCUGAACGCUCUGCGCAGUGCCCGGGAUCGAGUGGGCUUCCGCAAGGGCAGCUUUGAGCUCUAUGGGGCUGACUUUCUUGUUGGGGAGGACCUCCAGCCCUGGCUGCUGGAGAUCAACUCCUGCCCCACCAUGAGUCCCUCCUCAGCAGUGACCCGCCGGCUCUGUGCCAACGUCCAGCGGGACACGCUGCGCCUCGUGCUCGACCGCAAGGAAAACCCCACCUGCUCCAUUGGAGCGUUUGAGCUCAUCUACAAGGAGGCACGUGUGCCCAAGCCUCUGUCAGAGCGUGUGAAGCUGAUGGUCAGAGGCUGUUCCCUGAAGAACCUCCAACCAGCAGAGCAGCAAGCCAAGGACGAGCCCCCCACCACAGUGGCCAAGGCCCUCCACCACCCUGUGUCCCCAGGGGCCAGAGCAACCCAUGCACCCAAGCAAGCAUGGCAUCAAUGCCUCACCACUGUGCCUUGUGGCCCCAAGCUCCCACAGGGAGCAGAACCAGGGGGCAAAACCACCCAGGUGCCCCAGAGGGCACGGCCUCAACCUCUCACCAUCACUGUGCCCAGUGCCUCCAAAUUGUCUGUGGCCCCAAGGGGCAAAACCACCCAGGUGCCCCAGAGAGCAUGGCCUCGACCUCUCACCAUCGCUGUGCCCAGAGCCUCCAAGUCGUCUGUGGCCCCAGGGGGCAAAAUCACCCAGGGGACUCAGAGAGCACGGCCUCAACCUCGCACCAUCACUGUGCCCAGUGCCUCCAAAUCAUCUGUGGCCCCAAGGGGCAAAACCACCCAGGUGCCCCAGAGAGCAUGGCCUCGACCUCUCACCAUCGCUGUGCCCAGAGCCUCCAAGUCGUCUGUGGCCCCAGGGGGCAAAAUCACCCAGGGGACCCAGAGAGCACAGCCUCAACCUCUCACCAUCACUGUGCCCAGAGCCUCCAAGUCGUCUGUGGCCCUACGGAGCAGAACCACACAGGUGAUCCAGCCCAGAGCACCAAAAGGGAAGUUGCCUCUUCUGGAGAAAGAGAGCAACUGUUCUUCUCCCAGCUCUGACCCCCUAGCACCACCACAGCCUUGGGCCUCCUCUGCUGGGAGCCAGGAGCUGCCAGGGCUCGGUCUCUCACGUGGGCAGCCCCGGAUUAAUGUCUAUCCCCUGGACUGGGUGCCUGUGCCACCACCCCGUGGAACUCCCAGCAACCCCUGGCUAUCCCAGGGUUAUGCACGCUCCUUCCCUCCUGCCAAGCCCCUGUGACAACCUCUGUCUGCAUAGAGUGCCAAGACCCUGUUCCUGGAGCAACAGCACAUGGCAGCUCUCAAUGGGAUGCAGAAGACUGAGAUGCUGAGAGUGUUCCAGGAGUGUACAGCACCCUGCCUGUCUUUGCUGGGCCAACAAUGCAGUACCAGGCUACCUCUCAUCCCAAAGAGCUCCCACUGCUGUAUUGUGGUACCCACCUCCUCUCUAACAAGCAUUUUUAAAUA